GCGUGGCUUUGGAUCAACAGCAUAUCCCCAACCAGAAACCCUUCGCGUUUGAUUUCCCUGUCCGGAAGCUUCCUGCUCAGAGUGAACUUUUUUCCGCAGAGCAAUAACUACUGAAAGUGUAACCUGUUAACCAGGCAUGAUGAUGAACUGCUGUGGUCUGCUCACUGCCAAUAAGGAACCAGUUCCUCUGAAGAGCGUGGAGGUGGAGCUGGAGGUGAGGGCCCAUGUGGCUACAGUGGUCUCCACUCUGAACUAUGAGAACAAGGAGGACAAACCACUGGAGGCUGUUUUUGUCUUCCCUCUUCCUGGAGAUGCUGCUGUCUGUCACUUCAGUGCUAAGAUUGGACAGACAGAGAUUGUAGCUGAGGUGAAGGAGAAACAGAAGGCUCGUGAGGAGUAUGAUGAUGCUUUGAGCUCUGGUCAGCAGGCCUUCCUGUUGGAGGAGAGUGAUCAGAGUCCAGAUAUAUUCUCUCUGAGUGUGGGCAGUCUGCGUCCAGGAGAGAGCGCCUCCAUCAGGCUGGAGUACGUCACUGAGCUGGCUGUGCAGGCUGAUGAAGGGCUGAGGUUUUGUCUGCCUGCUGUGCUCAACCCUCGCUACCAACCUCAGGGGAGUGGAGGUAGUGGAGGUAGCAACGUUCAGAUGACUUCUGUUCCAGCCUCUCUGGUGCCCUACAGUCUGUCUUUCUCUGCCCGAGUGUCCUCUCCUCGUCCAGUCUCUAAAGUAGAGUCCAACUGUCCCCUGGACGCUCUCCAGUACCUCAACACAGAGCAAACCCAGGCUACGGUUAAGUUGGCUGCAGGACACAAGUUUGACAGAGAUGUUGAACUGCUGAUUUAUUACAAAGAUGCCCACCAGCCCACUGCUGUGGUUGAGGCAGGACAGGCCUCUGCCAAGCCUGGCACUCUGAUGGGUGAUCCAGUGGUGAUGCUGAGCCUGUACCCUGAGUUCCCCCAGGCUGUGAUGUCUUCAGUCACCUCAUGUGGAGAGUUUGUGUUCUUAUUGGAUAGAUCUGGCAGUAUGGAUGGGGCCCGUAUAAAGAGUGCCAGGGAUACUCUGCUGCUCCUGUUGAAGAGCUUACCAAUGGGCUGCUAUUUCAACAUCUACAGUUUUGGGUCCAGCUAUGAACACAUCUUCCCUAAGAGUGUGGAGUACAGCCAGAAGACCAUGGAAGAGGCUCUGAAAAAAGUUGAAGAGAUGCAAGCUAAUCUGGGAGGAACAGAGAUCCUGAUGCCCCUCAAACACAUUUACAGCCAGCCCUGCAUUCCCAGUCAACCUAGACAACUAUUUGUCUUUACUGACGGAGAGGUGUGCAACACCAAAGAAGUUAUAAAUCUGGUGAUGAAGAAUUCAGGUUCCCACAGGUGUUUCUCUUUUGGGAUUGGGGAAGGGGCCAGCUCUGCUCUUAUCAACGGGUUGGCCAAGGAAGGAGGAGGUCACGCUCAGUUCAUCACAGGAACUGACAGGAUGCAACCCAAAGUGAUGCAGUCGCUGCGUUUUGCUCUGCAACCAGCUGUGGUGGACAUCUCAGUCAAGUGGGAUUUGCCAAAGGGAGUGUCCGUCACUGCUCUCUCUCCACCAAUCACAGCACUUUUCCAGGGUCAAAGGUCACUGGUUUAUGGCCAGCUCACUGGAAAGAGUUCAGAGGCAGCGGAGGGCUGUGUGACGGUGAAGUACAGCCUGGCAGGUCAUCCCUCUCAGAACCAGGUCCACUUCAGUCUCACACCUGCAGAGGACACUGGAUUACUGGUCCACAGGUUGGCUGCUCGGACUCUGAUUCGCUCCCUGGAGAUGGAGGAGAGAGAGCGCGGAAGAGAGCAAGAGGAAGGAGUGAAGAAAAAGGUGGUAGAGCUCAGUGUCCAAUCAGGAGUGAGCAGUGCCUUCACUGCCUUCAUUGCUGUCAACAAAGGAGACGGCGAGGUGAUUCAAGGAAAUCUGGUGCGCAGAAAUGUUCCAACACCCAGGAUGAUGGCCUGUAGAAUGCCUAUGAUGGCUAUGGCGAACUCUUUUCCAUCCUGUCCUCCUGGGAUGAUGGCCUGUAGUAUGGGUAGGUCUGUUCGGUCCUGUCCUCCUGUCUCAGAAAGCUGUUUGCCCAAGCAGCCACCCAGAGACCCUUUGCUGCAGCUGGUCUCCCUCCAGAAGGCGUCUGGCUGCUGGGUACUGGAUCCAGCUCUGGCUGCUGCACUGGGAAAGACCAGCGAGGAGGUGGAAAAGUCCAAGCCUGCAUCGGUGAACCAGGAAGUAUGGGCCACCAUUCUGGCUCUGAUCUGGCUCCAUGGUUUCAAGAUGGAUGCUCAGGAAGAGUGGGAGCUUCUGGCUAUGAAGGCUGUGUCAUGGCUCCGUGCCCAGAAUGCUCCAUGUGUGACAGAGUGUGUGGAAGCUGGAAAUGCUCUGUUGGGGUUUAACGUGCAGAAAGACGCUCUGGGACUCUGAGAUUUUCAUUUGAUCAGCUUAUCUUUAGGAUUGAAGCAUUUACUCCAUCCACCCUUUUAUUAUGACCAUUGUACCAUACUAUUUACCUAACAACAAUUAAAUAUUGUUCUUUUAUGUUUUUCUA